GCAGCUCCUCACCCCCUAUCAGGGCUCCUCCAGGUGUGCAGAGCUCCCCCCUCUCCCCCCCAGGUGUGCAGAGCUCCCCCCUCUCCUCCCCAGGUGUGCAACGCUCCCUCCGCCCCCCGAAAGCGAAAGCGGCCGGGAGCGAAGGCGGAAGCGCGGUGCCCGCUCCGGGCUGCAGAGGGACGCGCCGGCCGGGCGCCGCGCUCAGGGUCGCCGCGGCUGCCGGGGAGCGAGCGGAGCCGGCAUGGCCGGGGCGGGGAUCGCCAGCUUCUUCCGAAACAGCGUGCGGCGCCGGCUGGCCCGGAGAGAUGUAAAUCAGGACGCAUCCCAGGACGAAAGCAAAUCCGAAUCUGCAAGGAGGCCGGGAGAUCGAAGCCCCUUCUGCUACUCACCAGGACAGUUCUUCUUUGAAUACCUUGUCGUGGUCUCACUAAAGAAGAAAUCAGGGGGUGAUUAUGAACCCAAGAUAAUCUACCAGUUCCCAAAGCGUGAGAACUUACUGCGGGGCCAGAAGGAGGAGGAAGAGAGGCUGCUGCAAGCCAUCCCCCUCUUCUGCUUCCCCGACGGCAAUCACUGGGCCCCACUCACGGAAUACACCAGUGAAACCUUUUCGUUUGUCCUGACCAACGUUGACGGCAGCAGAAAGAUUGGCUACUGCCGGCGGCUGCUGCCCGUUGGCCGGGGCCCUCGUUUCCCAGAGGUCUUCUGCAUCAUCAGCUGCCUUGGCUGCUUUGGCUUGUUCUCCAAGAUCCUCGAUGAAGUGGAGAAGAGGCGGCAGAUCUCCAUGGCCGUCAUUUACCCCUUCAUGCAGGGCCUCCGCGAAUCCCCCUUCCCGGCUCCGGGGAAAACGGUCACCAUUAAAAGCUUCAUCCCUGAUUCCGGAACGGAGCUCAUCGAACUCACGCGGCCCCUGGACUCCUGGCUGGAACACGUGGAGUUUCAGGCCCUUCUGCAGCAUCUCAGUCCGGAGAACAUCCUUUGGCUCUUCGCCUCUGCGGUUCUGGAGCGACGGAUUAUCUUCGUGGCAGAGGAGCUCAGCGUCCUGUCCCAGUGCAUCCAUGCCGUGGCAGCUCUUCUCUACCCCUUCUCCUGGGCGCACACCUACAUCCCCGUGGUUCCGGAAUGCCUGAUCGACACCGUCUGUUGCCCCACGCCCUUCAUGGUUGGAGUCCAGAAGCGCUGCCUAGAGCAGGUUCUCGAUCAGCCGAUGGAGGAGGUGCUGCUGGUUGACUUGUGCGAAGGGAAGUUCUUAAGAUCGGUUUGCGACGAAGGAGACAUCUUACCGGCCAAGCUGCAGACCGAGAUGCUGACUUCUUUAAAGACGCACAACAGCAACAACAACAUACAGACGUCUGAACAAGUGAACGCCCACGUCUCCAAAACCUUCAUGCAAUUCUUCGUUAAAACUGUUGGCCAUUAUACAUCGCACCUCAAGUGGAAUAAGAGCGGCCAGGGCUCCUUUCAGGAGAAGGCGUUCUGCAAAGCCAUCACCUCCAAGUCCUGCCGCAAGUUUGUGAAAAGAUUUGUGAGGACUCAGAUGUUUUCCCUCUUUAUCCAGGAAGCGGAAAGGAGCAGGAUGAUCCAAGAAGGGUAUUUCCAGCAGAAAGUAACUGAAUAUCAAGAACAAAAAAAGAAACAAAGGACAAAUUCCUGAAGUACUGUUCUGAAAGAGGGGAGCCCGGCUGGGCUUGGGCAGAUAUCUUCCUGCAGCAAUAUUCUGUCCAGACUGGGUCAGCAUCUCGCUCAAAGGCAGAGCGCCCUGUGCUUUGCUGGCUCUGAGCAUCUCUGGAAUCUUGCCCAUCCUCCAGUGAACGAUGAGAUGCCUGGUCAACCCAGAACGCCAGUUCCUUCCCAGUCUCUUCUUUCUCAGGGCAUGACUGCACAAGAAGCCUCUCUUCUAUAUCGCUAGCAAAUACGGGUGUGAUUUUUUUUUUUUCCUGGCCAACUGACACCGUGGACCAAACUGCAGUUCUUAGCCAAAGGGGAGCAAGGAGUUCCUAUUGGAAGACAAUCACGGACCUUACAUAGAAAUAGAGUGAAAUCAAGGGAGGAUUAUCUGCUUGCUGUAUAAUGGCAAAGAAUGUAGAAUAAUUGUUGAGAUAAAAUGUAUUAGUAAGAAAUAUUUUUAAUUCUUAUUAAAAAAAAAAUCUAAAUUUUCUAGCUGA